UUUUGCUUGGGCGUUUCGCUUCAUACCACCCACCCGCGUCCACCGAUUUUUGUCAUUGCGUUUCAAUCCGCGAGUUGAGACGGUUCUUUCGCGAGUGUUUCUCACGCAUUAUGCGAUUCUUGUUCCUUUGUGUCGGUCCAUCGCAAAUGUUUUGUGUAUCUUCGUUGUCAUUUUUUUUAUUUCUCGGUUCGACGACCAUCUGAUUUGCUACGUUCGGUGUGCGUUUCGAUUCCGAAUGUUGAUGAACGUUUGAAUGGAGGAAAUUGCGUGUGUUUUAUCGGGAUAAAAUUGGCUAAUCGCGUGUGAGUCGACAGACAGAAAGUUGUGGGCAAGUUUCUGAUCGCUUUUGGUAUCAACCCACUGAUUCUUGACCGACGAGAAGAACCGCACAAGAAUCAUUGCACUUUGGUGAUCGAAGCGGAAGUGAAUACCGUCCGCAUACCUUGGUUGGGGCUGGUUGCGAGGGAACGGUGCCAGUUUUGUGCGUGUCACAGUUGUGGAAAAAUCAAUGAAGACGAGAGGCGAUGAGAAUGGAAAAUCGACGCUUCUUUAAUCAGGAAGGCAAGGAGGCGAAAAAUUUCUACCAUCUGUCCGACGAUGGCGAGGAGGGUGGCUGCAGCAGAAGCUACAUGAGGAAGCCUCCGAUGCACUUUAAGCCACGCUCGCUUCAGAGUGCUUCGCAAAGCAAAUCAGCUGCUAAAUCGUCCGCUCCACGGGUACGAUCCGCCUCGACGGGAAGGGACAAAAAGUCGGAACUCCAAGCCCGCUAUUGGGCGUUUCUCUUCGGAAACUUGCAAAGAUCUGUGAACGAAAUUUACCAAACGGUUGAGUGCUACGAAAAUUUACCGUCAUGUCAGGAAGCAAUUCUCGUGCUGGAAAACUAUAUACGAGACUUUCGGGCGCUGGCCGAGUGGUUCAAGGUUUCCUGGGAUUAUGAAGCCACGCCACUGCCACAGCGGCCGCAAUCGUUGGCAUGGGAGGUGCGGAAGAGCAAUCCCGCUCCACGUGUCCGUAAACCCAUCUCCAGUCCGGGAGUAUCCGGCAAAUCGAGCCCUAGUUUUUCCGGCAAGAACAGUCCAAGUCACGCCCCGGAUGAACUCAACAAGUACUCUCCAAAGAAGCACUUCAGUUCGACGGAGAGUCUCAGUACCAAAAAGAGUGGCCUUGGAAAGAUGAACGUCAAAGACCUACUGAAGCAAUCCACGGUCACGAUCGAGAACAGUGGUGUGUUGGAUGAGGCAGCAAAGGCACCGCCCCAAGUUGGCGAAAGUGAACAUCCAAUUGGCUGUAGCAAUCUAGAGAGUUACGUGCUGAAACUCGACCAGUACACCCAGACUAAUUUGGAUGACGAAAAUUUAACGUUGGCGGAAUAUCUGGAAAAGUACUGCAAGAAAGAGGAACUAAUAAGUGAAGAUGUGAAGGAAGAAGAAGUGAAGGCAGAUAAUCCGGAAGAGACGAAAAGUGCAGAAAAUGCACCAAAUGAUGAAAACAAACUCGCAGACGUGGUGAAGGCUCCUGAAGCAUUAGUGAAGAAAGUAUCACCUGCCACAAAGUAUGCAACAGUGGUAAACAGUGUUGCCAAACCUGCGGCUCGUCCAGCCGGUCCUACUGGACAAAACAAGGUAAUGUUGCCAUCGAGAACGGUGCCCCCCAAGGUGGUCCGAUCUGCUCCGAACGUUCGCAAAUCGGCUACCUUAUCUAGUCUAAAUCAGAGUCAAACGAAGACCGUUGCGCUGCCAGUGAAGAGCGCAACCCUUUCAAACAUCCAUUCCGUCGGUUCGAAACCGAGUGCUCGCCCAAUCGUGAACCCAGUGAGAAGCAAAACCAUUCCAUCGAAUGUUUCAUCUCGGCUUUCAACUCGAUCGAAAACUAUGAUCGAAAUCAAUAAUCGAAAGAGUGAAAGCAAAGCGGUACCGCUAUCUUCAAAGCUAUCAUUUUCCCGCAAAACAUCCAGAGAAGAUGUCGAUAGUUCCAGCUCAACUCUGAAAGCUAGCACGGAUCGAUUAGGUUCGAGGAACUCCAUUGCGGAUUCCUCAAAGGGCCGAGUUCAGAAUGGGCCAGUCACGAGCAGACGGUCGGAACCGAAGAGUCUCCCGUCGGAUGUUGCCAACAAUGACGGUUGGUACACGGUCAAAACGAAGCGACGAUCGAGCCUUCAUUGGGCAACACGUUUCAAUCAACCUAGUGGUUAUGCUAGUCUGCCAACGCUCUCUUUGCUGGAUGAAAAUGGUAAUGCUGAAGAAAAUGAUAGGAAAGAUUCCACUGAAAAUGUAUGUAAGCAGUCGAAAGUGGACCCGGGGAUGGUUAAACCGGUUUUAGUGGCAUCAAAGGCACCACCAGAUUUGAAGCCCAAGCCAACAACGACAACGGUUGGGAGUGCUAAAUCUGCGGUUCCGCCAACUAAACCGGUAUCUACUGUUCUAGCGAAGCGUCCCACAACUGCUCCAGCUGCAACGAAAAAGAUCGCCCCGAAUGGUUGCACAGCUCAAAGCACCCUUCCCAAACCACCGAUGAUGAAUGGUCCAACGGUGAGUAGGCAAAAAUCUGACCUCACUGGGCUGAAAUUGAAGACGUUGCACAAAGAGUUCCUACGGAACGAGAAAUUAAAGUCGAAACCUCCCACUACGGUAGUGGUGGUUGAUGAAUCGAAUACGAGCCAAAAAGUAGAAGAAGUUGUGCAUCACCAAGAGGACACCACAUCCCAGUUGAACAAGGUCGAUAUGAACAUUCAGACCAAUAUGGUUUCGUCGACGAUCCAGAAUCUUUACGAAAAGUGUCUGGGAACGGGAGAGGAAGGUGGGGGCGAUGGUGUCGCGAUCUCGGUUGUCGGCAAACGGCCUUUGGUACGGUCCGAAAUCAAUCUGUCCAGCUGUGACGAGCUGGAGGAGAGGGAGGAUAUGGAGAGCGAUGAGGAUCAGCGCAAGCUGUUGGAGGAGCAGGAAAGCCUGGAGGCGCAGAUCCGGGAGCUGCAGAAUACGGAAAUUGACAUCGAUACUGAAACGGACGAAACCGAUUGUGAAGCCAUCAUAGACCUGGAGGAUAACGAAAGCAGCGCCGAAAAUUUAGAAACCGUCAACGUUAACGGUACUGGUGGCGAAGAAGAAAUGACACUCGAGAUGCGUUACGAAGCGGUUCUAGCUGAAAUGACCUGGGUCGAGCGUGCCCAAACGCUGGCCACCCUGCAGGCACUGGUUGCUCGCCAUCCGGGAAGGGCCCAGCAGUUGCACGCUAAGCUGUCUAGUCCUUCUCGCCGACGGUCAUUGCACGAAACGUUGAAAAAGUACCAAGCCAAACAGACCCGGGCCCUGGAGAAGCGUCAAGCGCUGCAGAAGGAGAAGGCCCUGAAAAUUCAACAUUUGCUGGCCAGAGUUGAAGAUGUCAAGACCGCCAAGCAGCAGCUCAUCGAGAAGAAGCGUAUGCGAAUGGAAGAACGUCUACAACGGGCCGCCGAAAAUCGGACACUAUAUCUGAAAUAUAAAAUCAAAAAAGCUCACGACGAGGAGGAAAAGCUCAAAGAGAUUGCUUUCAUUAAAAAUUUGGAAGCCCAAAACAAGCGACUGGAUUUCAUUGAAUCAUGCAAGGAACAGGAAGGCCGUUUGCAAGAUUUGGAAACUGAAAGGCAGAAGAGAGCGGAGGAGAAAGCCGCCAAAGAGGCUGCUGUCGAACGUAGGAGACAGGAAAUCGAACAGGAACGCCAGAAGAAGCUGCAAAUUAUGAGUGAAAAUCGUCGCGAGAGGGAAAAACGUGUCGGGAAAAUGCAGGAGCAAAAGGAGCGGCAACGUCAGGCUUUGGCUAGGGAAAAGGCCCGCGAUAGGGAGGAAAGGCUUCUUGCUUUGCAGGCACAGCAGCAAGCCACCACGGAAGAGCUGCAACGGAAGAUAAUUCAGAAGCAGCAGGAGUCCGCCCGACGACAUGAAGAACACAUCGAAGAUAUUCGUCAAAGAGCGGUUGAGCUGACCAUACCGACGAGAAAUUGUGACGAAACCAACUCCAAUAAACAGGAAAACGACGACAAUCUCAGUGUUAGUGAUAAGGGCAAGGACAGCGGUAAUGCUAAGGCAAACAAGAAGAAAUUGAAGAAACUGCGCCAGCGAAUGGCUCAGGCAGCAGAAGAAUACACAGAAGAACUACAGCCGCUGGCUCCGCAAAUUCGCAAGCAAAGUCAAGUGCCCAAACUGCUGAAUACGAUUGUGAAAGGUGGUGGUCCCUUGGGUGUGGAACGACCACUUGGACAGCUGUUGAGACUCAUGGCAAAAGCAGAAGUCGUAGACUUCCAAUCCAUGUGGCUGCUGGACGGGUUGAAAACGAUCUCCGAAGUGAUUCAAAUGGGAAUGGAACCCAACUCCGAGGUAUCAAAGCGGGCGGUUGUAAUAUCGGUCCAGCUGUUCCGAAAUGCAUGCUCUCUAUGUCCGCAAAUAUCGCGCCAUGCCAUCCUCGGCAAUACCAUCACAGUAUUAUUGGAUGCUCUUCUGAUCAGUUUGAAGACACCAGAGGAGAAGUGUCCUUUGUACCCAGUCGAGCUAUCCACCGAGCUAAUACUGGCCUGCACCGUUGCACUGUCGCCGACAAACUCACUCAAGCAGACACACCCAAAGGUUGUGGAACGCCUUCCGGAUCUCAUAAGUUACACAGUAUCAUUAGGUUUGGUAGACAUAUUAAUUAGGAAAUUCAACAAAAUCCGAGAAUCGGUGGAGAGUCAACAAAGUCUGGUACUAUCUCUGCUAGCUUCGCUCGGACUGCUGACGAAGCUAGCAGAACUAUGUCCAAAAGGUCCCGACGUUACCAAGUUCCUAUCGACGGUCAAAUCGACAGAACUGUUUGGAUCAGUCUCGUUGCUGUACGCCACCAUCGUGCCUAUCGGUGAAUGCAUUCCACCAAGAACAAUUUCGCUGGCGGCAGCUACCUUUAAUCUUCUGGUAACGUUGGCCAAUCUGGACAUAGUGACGUUUCAGGACGUGUUAGCAGAGGAAAAUCUUUCGUUUAAGUUCCUGGACGUGGUCAGCAUCCUACUACAGUACUGCGUGCCGAAAUCGGAGGAGAAGGGUGAAACCCAGGCUGUGAUAAUCGACUUAAUAGCAACGUUAGGUUUCUUCUGUGCCAAUAAUAAAAUUAAUCAGGAUCUGCUCACCUCGGAUCAAUCAUCAGUGAUAAUCAAGAGCCUGACCAAGCUCCCCAAGCAGUUCGAUAUGGUCAUCUAUCCGACGCUGGUUACCGUCAUCUACGAGAAUUCCGAAGCCAAAGCCAUACUGAGCAAAGAUUUCGACAUCGUGUUACUGGAGGAGUAUAGCAAAUCGGAUCUGGCGAAAAAGAACAGGAUUGUGUCACUGCUGACUAAGGCGGAGUAAUUCUGGUAUUUUUUUGGUGCUAGGUCAGGUCAGACCUGCGUUAAUGUAACCACAGCGGCGCGCAGACAACAUACCAGAUCCAGAAGAGAGCAAGCACAGAUAGUCCGUCAAAAGCAAUAAAUAAGGGAACAUGC